AUGGCCCUCGCGUGUGCAUCUCAUCAUGUGCGCCGCCUCCUCCUCCACCCCGGGGCCGGAGCUCCGGCGAGGUCCUUCUGCGCCCAGCCCUACCAAGCCAAGGUAGGCGUGGUGGAGUUCCUGAACGGGGUCGGCAAGGGGGUGGAGACGCACGCGGCGAAGCUGGAGGAGGCAGUCGACGGCGAACCCCAGAGUGUGCCCGAGACCCGCCCGCCACGGCGCAAGAAGUUCGGUGGCCCCUGCAAGCUUAGAAAGUUGAUUUUGAGCUUUCCUCACAAGUACCGUCUUGGUCUUACGAAGCACCCAGCAGAAGCCAGGAAAGUGCAAUGA